GGUGGGUUUGGCAUUGUCGCACACAUGUACCCCACUCAGCACACUAUGGAAAGGGGCGGAGUAAUAGGGGAUGAUUGGCAGUGGUCCCCGCAGUGCGGACAGACGUCGCAGCCGCUGCAUGGCGGAAUGUCCGCUUUGUCGCCCAUGUCAGUCAGGCGGUCUGUUGCCGAUCCUUCGCCUUCAACGGUGGAUGUGGGAGGAGAGGAUAUGGAUGAGGGGUGGCCAGCGUACAAUGCUACUUCGGCGCCUGGCGGGUUGCAAGGCCAUUCUUUUGCUAGCGACGAAUAUGAGUAUGUUGACGACGACGACAAAGGUGAAGGUGAUGGCGGUAACACUUAUGCGCAGAACUCCGACAACGUGCCGAACUCCGACAAUGUGCAGGACGACAAGGACAGUGUUCAGCAGACAUAUGGAGAGGACGACAGGGACAGUGUUCAACAGACAUAUGGAGGGCAGGGUGGUCGGGGCCCAAAGCAGCAGGCGUGGAAACAGGCGGGGGGGCAAAUCUAAGCAGCAGAAGACAGAGCAAGAGUGCCACUGGCCUUUGAGAAACCGUUGUGGGAUGCAAUGGGGUGGCAACUCAACACGCUGGUGUCGGAGAACCUGUCGGGUAAUGUGGGAGGGGCAUCGGCGAACACCGGUCCAGCGCAGGGCGGGUCGGGGAAAACUGGUUCCGACGGUAGAGCAACGAAAGAUUCCGAGGGUGCAAUGAAGACGUGGAGGACGAAUACCGGCAAAGCGAGUAUGGACGACACGACCAGCUGUGGGACAGCAUUGGGGAGGGCGAUGGAGGACGCGACAAGGUCGUACAGCAGAGGCCUGGAUAAGGCCGCCAACAAUCUGGCAAAGGCAACGAUCGCACCGAAGAUUGCUGACGUGGCAGAUACCAUGCAUGGGGGGAACACCGCCCUCGAGAUGCUUGUGGGGGUUCUUGCGAGGCGGGGGGGUGGGGCACAUGGGGGAACAUCGGUACACAUGGGAGGGGGUCACAGACCCGUCGUCACGUUAGCACUCGAGGAUAACAGGUCAUAAAAAAAAAAAAAAGAGCACUAAAACAAAUUCAAUCGUUCUUA